AUGGACAACGUGGGUCAAAUAGUGCGAGCGAGCGACGAACGUCGAGAGGAAGAAAACAGCCAUGCAGUGGAAGCCUUGCAGCUCGUCAAGAAUGAAGAGAGACACGAGAGCGAACAGAACAGCGAGGCCGUCGCCGCCGAGGUCGUGUCUGCCGCCCCCGAGCAGCAGGGCGCCGCGCACGAGCACUCGCCGCAGGCACAGUCCGUGAUCACGUCGCGGCGCACCGUGCGCACCAUCACCGCCGCCGGACACAUUACCACUGACGACGCAGGCGACGUCGGACACGACGACGGCGUCAAAGACGAGCCGCCCGAGCACUCCCAGCUGGAACACGAGCAACAGAUGCAACAGUACGCGCCCAAGCUGGAGGAGAGCGCAGAAACCAGAGAGCUGCAACAGCAGCAUUAUGACGAAGAACGGCUGAGGCUAGCAGAAGCAGAGACCGCGAGGUAUCUCGCCUUCAAGCAAGAACCCUACAGAUCCAUGCAGUCACCGAUCCCUGUAGAUAAACGACUCCCAGUGCAGUAUACCCGAGCACCUCAGAGACCCGCUUACGGUCGCGGACUCGCCUUGCGUUACGGAGCGCCCCAUCAUGUGAUCGUAUCUCAAGAGGGGGAAGGAGAAGAUCCAGCGCAUGAGGCCUUUUUGUCUCACAAAGAUAAAAACGAACUUCAAGCUUACGCUGCAACCAGUGAAGCUGGCCCCGUAGACGGCCGACAAUAUGCGGCCGUGCUUGGCGAACAAGUGGCCGCCUCGACCGCACUGGAGAUGAUCCAAACGACUUCAUUAAAUAACCAACAGUCGGUCGGCGUGGCGUAUCAACAAGUGAAGUACGAAACGCGCGGUGAGCCCGAGCCGCGCCCCACCACGUACGCCAGCUUGCAGCCCGUUACCUCCGUCCACGGAGGAUAUGCAUAUGCUGGACAAAGCCCACAGUACGGCGGCACCAGCUACAGUGCUUACGGAGGCAGUAACAAGGAGCUCUUGACGCUGUACGGGGGAGGCUCGGGACCGUCGGCGCCGGCGGGCCGCGGGGACGAGUCGCCGCCGGGACAGCUGCUGUACCGCAGCGACCCGACGCUCUCCUCCUCCUCGCUGACGACGCGCGGUGCUCACGUGGUCUACGGCUCCGUGGUGCCACAGUCACAGACUGUAUAUGAAGCCCCGCCCAGCCCUAAUUCCCAACAAGUAACAUUGUAUACACACGGCAACACGGUUCAAUACAAAGUCGGGGGAGAGCACUACCUCGGACAAAGUGGGGGCGUGGAAUACGUCCCCGUGUCUGGGUACGAGGGUGGGUUGUUGGUAGAAGGCUACCCGGCCCCGACCCAGGCUUGGCCCGCACAUAACUUACUUCCUAUUGAUGACGGCUUCGAUCCUAGCAUGGCCGGCAUGGGUGAGGUGAAGGAGUGCGUGAACUGCGCGGCCGCGACCACGCCGCUGUGGCGCCGCGACGGCACCGGCCACUACCUGUGCAACGCGUGCGGCCUUUACACCAGGAUCAACGGAGUUAAUCGACCGCCUCUUAAAGGCCAAAAAGCGAAGCCACAACAGGCCUUACCGAGCAACGGGAACCGACGCAUGGGGGUGACCUGCGCGAACUGCCGCACCACCAACACCACGCUCUGGAGACGGAACAACAACGGCGAGCCGGUCUGCAACGCGUGCGGCCUCUACUUCAAGCUGCACAACGUGAACCGGCCCCUCAGCAUGAAGAAGGACGGCAUUCAGACCCGGAAGCGGAAACCGAAGAGCAUGGGCGGCGCACACGGUGGCGUGGCGCGGCCUCCGGGCGGCUCGCUCUCCGUGGAGGCACACAAGGUGCUGCCUCCGCUGUACGCGGCGGUGGAGGCGGCCGGCGGCGCAGGGAGUGCGCCGCUGCUGCUGCUGCCCGCCCCCAGACACCAAGCCGAUAUGAUACCAACGUUAGACAGAGGCUCGUCGGGCGCUCCCUCCCACUACCGACCGCCCUAA